AUGGAGCAAUGGCAAUACACCAACAGGCCCAAUCUUGAGUCAGUAAAUGCAGCCAUGGCUUCCGGCUCCGAACUUCCUCUACAUUCACCAGAAACGAUGUCUUCGGCGAUGGCGGCGGCGGAAGAGGAGGAGAAGCCGUUGGGGGAGAGAGUAUCAGCAGCCGCUUUGUCAAUUUAUAAUUCUCUUCCCAAAAAAGGAAAGCCUCAAGGAGGUGAAGUCACUGUUUUAGCGGCUUUUCUCCUCUCCAAUCCUUCUCAAGAGUUACAAGUGGUGGCAUUGGGCACGGGAACAAAAUGCAUAGGGCACUCACGGCGGAGUUCGAGAGGCGAGGUCGUGAAUGAUUCGCAUGCCGAAAUUAUUGCCAGGAGAGCUCUUCUUAGGUACUUCUAUACGGAGAUUGGAUGUCUUAUUGAAAACUUUAGUAACCAUAGACAUAAUAAUGGAAGCGUAGUGUUGCAUGCUGAUGACACUGCAUACUCGCCAUUACAUUUCGGCACUGAUAACUGUGGCAAAGGAAAAUACAAAUUGAGACCGGGCUGGCAGUUACAUUUGUACAUAUCACAAUUACCCUGUGGAGACACACCACUGAGUUCACAACUGUUUACUUCAGUUAGUCCUUUGGAACAAAGGGAUAUGCAACACCACUCUACAGAACUUGAUUCUAUAACCAAGGACUUUUCAGAAUCUGCUGCAAUGAUGAACGGCGAUUGUUCUCAAGUUCCUGGCACUGUUCAGAGGAAGCCCGGUCGAGGAGAAACAACUUUGUCAGUGAGCUGCUCUGACAAGAUUGCUCGCUGGAAUGUUGUUGGGGUUCAAGGAGCUCUGCUUUCAUAUUUCCUGGAACCAGUUUACAUUUCUUCUAUAACCACUGGUCGGUCUCAUUUUGGUUCUGAAGAUUUUCUAAUGGUUGAUCAACUGAGAAGAUCUUUAUACAAUCGAAUUCUACUGUUGUCAAAAGAAUUGAUGAACCCUUUUCAAGUUAAUAAGCCACUCUUUUUGGUAGCUCCAAUACCACCCAAGGAAUUCCAACAUUCUGAGACUGCUCUCACAACCUUAACUUGCGGGUAUUCAAUAUGCUGGAAUAGGUCCGGCUUGCACGAAGUCAUUCUUGGAACAACUGGUAGGAAGCAGGGUACCUCUGCAAAAGGUGCAAUGUAUCCUUCUACCCAGUCAUCAUUAUGCAAGAGGCGUUUAUUGGAGUUGUUUGUAUCACUCAAGCAUGAGAAUUUGUUGGAUUGCUCAGUUGGCGAGAUUAUUUAUCGAGAACUCAAGGAUAGAGCUGAAGAAUACAGUGCUACUUCAAAGGCCUUUAAAGCAAGCCCACAUUUUAGAAACUGGAUUUUGAAACCUCAAAAUUCUGAGUCCUUCUCACACAAGGGUCUUUGA